AUGAAAAGUAAAGAUGGGAUAUUUAGACUGUAUCCACAAUCAUUAUUGAAACAAUUUGAACUUACAACGCAUACGGAAUAUCGACCUUCUGACAUACAAGCAGAAUUUAACUCCAACGUUGAUUAUUGGUUUGAAGAUGAUGUGACCCCAGUUAAAAAAUCUCAGAUAGGAUUUGUUGAAUUGAUAUUACACGAACUCAUUCAUGGCUUGGGAUUUAUUUCAGCUUGGGAUUCUUAUUUCGAUGAUGUAGAAGUAUUGACUCCGUUUAUUUAUUAUCAAAAUACAGAAUUUCACGGAUUUAUUGAAGGCAUAUUUGAUAAAUUUUUAAUAUUAUCGGAUGGAACGCCACUAACAAAUUUCACAAAUGAAUUAAAUAAAUUUGCUCCAGAAGGCACAAAAUUUGAUUCGAUGUAUGAUCUUUAUAACAAGUUUAGAGCAUCCAGUCAAUAUAAAAUUGCAACUGAUAUGUUAAAUUACAGCACAACGGCUUUAUCAUUUGGUUUCUUACCAGAAGGUUCGGAUUACCAAACAAUUGCAACAAACAGCUCCAAAAUUAAUGAUGAAUUGUAUUAUCUGGAAACUAGUUUACGACCUUAUCUUAUGGGUUCGAGUGUCAGUCAUGUGAGUCAAGACUUGUAUGCAAAAUCUAAUGAAUUCUUGAUGACUUGGAUACAAGAUCCAGGUAGAGGAUUAAACGAUGCAAUUAAGGAUGGUGGAAAUUAUACCGGAGGAGCAAUUGGGCCUAAACUUAAAUCUGUUUUCGAAUCGAUGGGUUAUGUAACUGGUAAUAAUUCAGAGCCCGAAAUCCCCUUGCCUGAUGAUGAUAUACCAUCAAAAAGUAGUUCAAAUAAUUCGAAUAAGUUGUUGAUGAUAUUAUUGUUUAUAUUACAAUUUAUUUUUAAUUUGAUUUAA